GCAGAAUUUCAAUUGGGUGAAAAAGUUGACGUGAAAAAGCUGGUUAGCUUCUGAACAUCGCAGCAACCUAAUUUAAAAAAGAAAAAGCGAAAACCAAUUUUACUUUUUUCAGAUUCUCUCAUUUCCAUUUCAAUUCUCACACCAAAUUCAGUGAAAAAACAACAACAACAGCACUGUCGAUAAAGAUAUAGAUAACAAGAAUUAAAAAAAAAAAAAAAAAGAAGCUAUUUGAUCGAUCGACAUCGGCGAUCGUCGUCGUCAUCAUCAUCAUGUCGUUUUCAUUCUUCAAGCCGUCAAGGCCUAAAACGCCGUUAGAGGUGGUGAAAGCAAUGAAAGACAGUCUUAUGGCUCUCGAUACCAAAACCGUUGUUGAAGUUAAAGCACUCGAGAAGGCAUUGGAAGAAGUUGAGAAAAAUGUUGUGGCAAUGAGAUGUCUUCUAUGUGGAGACGGUGAGGUUGAACCAAACACCGAUCAGGUUUCACAGCUAGUGCUUGAAGUCUGUAAAGAGGAUGUUCUCGCUCUUAUGAUUCACAAACUUCCUAAUUUGGGAUGGGAAGCAAGAAAGGAUUUAGUCCAUUGUUGGUCUGUGUUGUUGAAGCAAAAGGUUGAUUCCAAAUAUUGCUCUGUUGAAUACAUAGAGAAUCAUUUUGAAUUACUGGACUUUCUGGUCGUCUGCUAUGAUAACAAGGAAAUUGCCUUGAAUUGUGGACUCAUGUUAAGGGAGUGCAUCAAAUUUUCAUCACUUGCAAAAUACAUAUUAGAGUCUGCAAGCUUUGAGUUGUUUUUCAAAUUUGUGGAAUUGCCAAACUUUGAUGUUGCUUCUGAUGCCUUCUCUACUUUCAAGGAUUUACUUAUUAAACAUGACACUGUGGUUGCUGAAUAUCUAACUGCUCAUUAUGAUGAGUUCUUUGAUCUGUAUGAAAAACUUCUGACAUCCCCAAAUUAUGUGACAAGGAGGCAAUCAUUAAAGCUUCUCUCGGAUUUUCUUUUGGAGCCUCCGAAUUCCCAUAUAAUGAAGCGCUAUAUUUUAGAAGUUCGAUACUUAAAAGUCAUGAUGACAUUGUUGAAGGACUCCAGCAAAAAUAUUCAGAUCUCGGCUUUUCACAUUUUCAAGGUCUUUGUUGCUAAUCCUAACAAGCCACGAGAAGUUAAAGUAAUUUUAGCAAAAAACAAUGAAAGACUGGUAGAAUUGCUUAAUGAUCUUUCUGUUGGAAAAGGUGCAGAGGAUGAACAAUUUGAAGAAGAAAAAGAACUGAUCAUCAAGGAAAUUAAAAGAUUAUCACGCCAGCCAGGUGCGGACAGCUAGGUACUUCUCAAACAGCUGGUUUCUCCUUUUCUACGGAUAUCCUGUCUUGAGGUUCAUGCUAAUUUUACGUGAUGAGUUCCUGGAAUUGCCGUCUGCCAAAAACAGGGUUCAGGAGGGUAUCUCAAAGCACUAGUAGUAGAGAUGUGUGCUUGUAAUCUUUUUUGCACAGAAGUAGUACUGAACACAUUCACACUAUCUGACAAAGCAUAUUUAAAUUGUUGGUUUCUAUCCCCAACAUUAUAUUCUUGCUUCUGGCCAUGUUUGUGCAACACUGAUGCGCCUAAGGCAUGGUACUGCUUGUAAGCAAAUGGUAAAUUUUGCUACGCUUUCUCGGCCUCAAGACUGGUGUUUGUAACAUUGAAAAAUUCAUAUACGGAAUAUUUUCAAUGGA